UGACAAGUCUGUAUAAAUAAACAUCAUGUAGAAUUUGAUAAAGCUUGCCAAAUGAUACUGAAAUGUCUGCAUAUUUCUUUAGUGGACAUCGCUAGCCACAACAUUUACUUAUUAAAUCACAGUUAUUUGGUUUGACGCCGACGGUUUCGUGGGCGUGCACGGUCUGCUAUUGUGCUUUUGGCGCGCAAGCAAGUCGUGUGGGGAGGGGGAACAAAAAGCCCAGAAAAAGCAUCCAGCCAACUGCUGAAGCUAACCAACCGUGUGGUGGAAGAAAGCAAUUUGGGUUUCCAAUAAAUUCAUCCGAAUUACAAAAGUUCUCAAAAGUUGUGACGUGCCACUUAACUCACCUGAGGUACUGUAACCUAGCUAGCCAUGGGAAAGAAGACUCGUGAAAAUGAUGAUGGUGCCUCGGGCUCAUCUUCAGAAGAGGAAGAAUUUAUUGUUGAGAAGGUGCUGGACAGGAGGACGGUGAAGGGCCGAGUUGAAUUCUUCCUGAAGUGGAAAGGCUAUUCAGAAAAGCACAACACAUGGGAGCCAGAGAAAAAUCUUGGCUGCCCCGAGCUCAUUGCUGGGUUCAUGAAGACCUACAAGAAGCCUAGCAGUAGUAGUGGUGCAACCCCCAGCAGUGGAGGAUCCAAGUCCAGUGCGGGAUCAUCAGGCCGUAGCAAGGAAGGCAGCAGCAAGAGGAGGAACUCUGAUGAUGAUGAUGAUGAUGAUGAUGAGGAGGGGAGCAGCAACAAGCCCAAGCGGAAAAAAGAGGAUGAUGUCCUGAUUGCUAGAGGCUUUGAGAGGGGUCUGGUACCGGAGAAGAUUAUUGGAGCCACAGACUCUUGUGGAGAUCUCAUGUUCCUCAUGAAGUGGAAGGACUCUGACGAGGCAGAUCUGGUGCUAGCCAAGGAGGCCAAUCACAAGUGCCCGCAGAUCGUCAUAGCCUUCUAUGAGGAGCGCCUCACCUGGCAUGAAGAUGGGGACAAGAAAGAGAAGGGCGCUGUAAGCAUGUGAGCGGGAUGUCUUGCCACGGGAACGGUCAUUGACCUCUUACCCCCGACUCUGCAGGGACAACCUGGAGACUCCUAUAGCCAGCACCAAAUCACACCCUAUUCCUCCCCCUUGGCCUUAACCCUUUGAUGUUAACUUCUUUGAAUAGUCUGCAUAGGUAUAAUCAGUAGUGGUAAAUAUUCCACCAUAUUGAUCUGCGAACAUUGAAGGGUUAGGGCAAAAUAGAGGGUUGGGGAGAGGUUUGGUACCGACUGACAACCCUCACCCCAUUGAUAAUGACAUAACAAAAACCACACAAACCAACGGUGGAGAACACUGCCCACUUUCUCAUGAUACCUCCCUCCAUGCCCCAAUGUACAGGCUAAUAUCCCUGAAUAACAAACAGUUCAACCUAGCCAUUUUACAUAGAAACUGAGAAGGAUGCAGGAAGACUGGGGUUUUGGAUGUGGUGAAACGGGUGCGCUCGCUACUGGGAAGGGCUUGUAUUUUUUUUUCACCUUCAUGCUUUAUUCUCUCCGUACGUUUUGUGAGGUAUUUUUUUCCCCCCCAGGAUAUAAUUGUCAGGAAGACUGUAGAUUCUGUGGUACCCUGUCUAGGUACAGGCGGCCAUAUUAAGGUGACUUGAAGGUAGUCGUCUUCACUGAGACGUUAAAAUGUGCAGUCUAUCAAAGCAUGGUCCAGGGACCUGUAUUCAGUGCUUGACUGCUGAUCCAGUAUCUGGUCCAUAUAUUCAUUGAUUUAACAGGGCAACUGAUCCUCGAUCAGACAAUCUGUGGAAACGUUGAAUGUGGGCAACGGACAUGUUUGUCACUGGGAAGCCGACAGCCUUGCAAGUCUUAAACCGUAGUUAGUUAUGCAGUAGAAACAAUAGACUUUUAUUAUCCGAUUCCCCUACUAGGUCACCUUGGUAGAAAAACAUCUGUUUCUUCUACACUUUUUCUUCAGUAGUUUUAGUUCAACUUUGAUGUUCUAAGGUAAAUAUGGCACCUUUAUGUAAAACUCCUUCCAUGGUUUUUCUUUCAAAUUUGCUAGUAGUGUGGCUGGAUUGUACGUUUUGUUUUAAUCAUCGUCAUGUUAAUAUUUUAGCUCUUUUGUCCCAAUGUUUUCUUUUCUGUAGCUUUACCCUGUCAACUAACUAUGUAGCUCUGAUUCCAUUGCUAAGAUCAUUAAUAUUUUAGAGUAGCUGCUAAUUCCCAACUUGGAAUUUGAUUUUUUUUGGAUUAUCCGUUAAUCAGUGUCCUCACAUCAAGCACAAGUAAGAAAAUAUUACAGAUGAAUUAGCGUCUGCUGAGUGACCUAACAAUCGGAUUUAUCAGUUUUCAUGGAAAUAUCCUGUGAUCUGACUGGUGACACUCAAUCUUAACUCCACCUCCACAUUUAUUGGAUUGGUUGAACAAUGCAGAAAACCUCCCCCUGACAGUUUCUUCCUCUGGUCAAGACCAGUAUGUUGGGGCUCUAGUUUCAGGCCAUUCCUUUAUGCCUGCUAUGUUAGGCUACAGAUGAACAAAAGGGUCACUUCAAAAGUUGUGCCCGGUGUUUCAAGCCAUUGUUAUUUGCAAAUGUGAAUGACCACUUGAUUGUUGAGUAUAUACACACCAUUAUCACAGUAAUGCUGAACUGUAACCAUUCUUAUGAUGAGAGGUUGGACAUCCACGUGCUCUGCAGUAAUGUGAAACAAAACCAGCAUUGAUUCGAUCAAGGUACGCCACCCUGUGGCUAAAUGUCUCAGCCAAAGUGCUCUUGUCAGUGCGCUGUGUGGGAGCUUGGAACAAGGCAGACAGUGUUAUUUAAUGGGACGCUUGUUGCUUUAGUCUAACAUUUUAAGAUCAUGUCAGUACUUUGCAUUAUAUGGUUAAGUGUAUUUGUUCCACUUGUUAUCAUUAAGUUGAUUUAAAGGAGUUGUAGAAAGAUUUGACCCCUUAGACAUUGUUUCCCAUAUCACAUCCACAUAUGUAGUGACAAACCGUAAGGUCAUGUAGUCCCAUAAGAGGCAAAUAUCCCAGUUCAUUUGGUGUAGCCUAUAAAUUGUUGAGUUGAUGGACAGAGUCCUGUUCAUUGGCUGUUCUCUAGAUUUACUCGCACUCGAUUUGUUCCCGCUCUUGCAGUGAUUUCUUUUUUAGUGAAUUCUGAGUUGUCUAGCCACUGUAGUCAUAGAAACAACCGUUUUUUUGUAAAUGACAUCCUUCCGUUGAGAAACAUCCCUAUUCUGGACACGUGUAACAGGGUUGUACAUGUUUCAUGUCAUUAGAUUUUUUUUGUGUCCUGAAUAAAAGCCUGUUCAUUUUUAUUUUGUCACACCACUCCUUUACUUUCAAAGAUUUCAUUUGAAGUCAAACAUUUUUUUAUCAUGUUUAUAAAUGUUCAGCAUUUGUAUUUUACAAUUUUUAAUGCUCUGCAAAUUUGUUUUGUCUUGUAUUAAAUUGUAAACUGUUUUCAACA